AUGGCCCAACCAUCUCCCGAGGUGAAUCUACUAGAUCCAUGGGAGAAAUACGGCACAACGGUCAUGACUACGCUACUAGCCAGCAAAGAAAAGAAGAACCGGCAGUGUACGGGCCCCAAGGGCAUCUACACAGGCCACGGGUCGUCUGAAUGCCGCACGGAUAUCCUGAACGGGGGCGCACUGGCGUAUAUCCCGGUGGAUAUUGAUUGGCGGUGCACGGUGAAUAUAUUCCGGGAUGACAAUUGUACGUCUGGGGCGAGAAUUGGCAUGGUUCGGGUAGAUGGUGUGCGCAAGUGUAGUCCUGUUGCGGAGAAGAAUACUAUGAUUGCGAGUUUUGAGGUGAUUUGUUCGUGA